AUGUCGGCAGAUAUGGAGAAGGGAUCAACCCAGAACAUUGAGAACGUCGACUCUCCCUCCGAAAAGCGGGAUGAGAUCAACAUCGAUGAUGACGAGGAAUACUCUUAUGAGGAGCAGCGCAAAAUCAUCCACAGAGUGGAUCGAAGAUUGGUUCUCAUAUGUGGUCUGGCCUACUGCAUCAGCCUUAUGGAUAGAACCAAUGUGUCUGUGGCGGCAAUUUCCAUCAUGGUUCUAGUCUUUUUCGUUACCUAUGUGGUCUUUCAGCCUCUUGCAACUGCGGUUAUCCGCAAGAUUGGCCCCAGAAUAUUCAUAUCCUCUGUUGUCCUUUCCUGGGGUGCGGUGAUGAUCAUGAAGUUCAGCAGCGCUAUUCGUUGUUUUACAUCAUCGGUUCCGUUGCUGGAGCACUUUCAGGUAUACCAUUUCCCGUUCCGUCGCGCCACAUUAGCAUUUCAUCUGACCAAACGACUAGGAAUAUUGGCCUUUGGGUUCAGCCAGAUGAAAGGACUCCAAGGCCAUGCAGCCUGGAGCUGGAUAUUCAUCAUGCAGGGUGUUGAAUGCGCAUUUAUUAUCCGACGCCUGAAUCGAGACAGAGCAGACGCGAAUCCUGAACCAUUCAGCUUGAAAAAGUUCCUUUCCCCAGCAUUGGACCCCAAGAUCUGGGGCUUCGGGCUCAUUUUCUUCUCGCUGACGACCGUUACCUACGCCAUUGCAUAUUUCCUGCCAAUCAUCCUACGUGAGAACAUGGGAUUCAGCGUUGCUGCAGCUCAAUGCUUGGGUGCACCACCCUACAUUGCAGCUGGGUUGCUCAUGUGGGCUACAUCCUGGGUUGGGGAUAAGUAUCGCAUCCGUGGUCCUAUCCUCGCACUAAAUAGCAUCAUCACCCUUAUUGGCCUUCCAAUCAUGGGCUUUGCAAAAGACCCUGCGGUCCGAUUCUUCGGGGUGUUCGUCACUGUCGCUGGAGCCAAUGCUAACAUCCCCGCAUCGCUUGCAUACCAAGCGAAUAACAUCCGAGGUCAAUGGAUGCGGGCUCUUGCAAGUGCAACUCUAGUCGGUCUAGGGGGCGUAGGAGGCAUUGCAGGGAGUCUCGUCUUUCGCAGGCAAGAUGCGCCAGCGUAUAUUCCCGGUAUCUGGGCAGCAAUUGCGUACGGUCCCUCUACUCUCCGUGAUAGAUAUGCUGGGGAAGCCCACUGA